AUGCCUCCUGCCUCACCCCUCCUGCCUCACCCCUCCUGCCUCACCCCUCCUGCCUCACCCACCUGCCUCACCCCUCCUGCCUCACCCCUCCUGCCUCACCCCUCCUGCCUCACCCCUCCUGCCUCACCCCUCCUGCCUCACCCCUCCUGCCUCACCCCACCUGCCUCACCCCUCCUGCCUCCCCCACCUGCCUCACCCCUCCUGCCUCACCCCACCUGCCUCACCCCUCCUGCCUCACCCACCUGCCUCACCCCUCCUGCCUCACCCCUCCUGCCUCACCCCUCCUGCUUCACCCUCCUGCCUCACCCCUCCUGCCUCACCCCUCCUGCCUCACCCCCCUCCUGCCUCACCCCUCCUCCUGCCUCACCCCCUGCCUCACCCCUCCUGCCUCACCCCUCCUGCCUCACCCCUCCUGCCUCACCCCUCCUGCCUCACCCCUCCUGCCUCACCCCUCCUGCCUCACCCCACCUGCCUCACCCCUCCUGCCUCACCCCUCCUGCCUCACCCUCCUGCCUCCCCACCCCUCUCCUGCCUCACCUCCCUCACCCCUGCCUCCCCCCCUGCCUCCCCCUCCUGCCUCACCCCUCCUGCCUCACCCCCUCACCCCUCCUGCCUCACCCCUCCUGCCUCACCCCUCCUGCCUCACCCUCCCUCCUGCCUCACCCCUCCUGCCUCACCCCUCCUGCCUCACCCCUCCUGCCUCACCCCUCCUGCCUCACCCUCCCCCUCCUGCCUCACCCCUCCUGCCUCCCCCUCCUGCCUCACCCCUCCUGCCUCCCCCUCCUGCCUCACCCCCCUCCUGCCUCACCCCUCCUGCCUCACCCCUCCUGCCUCACCCCUCCUGCCUCACCCCUCCUGCCUCACCCCUCCUGCCUCACCCCUCCUGCCUCACCCCUCCUGCCUCACCCCUCCUGCCUCACCCCUCCUGCCUCACCCCUCCUGCCUCACCCCUCCUGCCUCACCCCUCCUGCCUCCUGCCUCACCCCUCCUGCCUCACCCUCCUGCCUCACCCCUCCUGCCUCACCCCUCCUGCCUCACCCCUCCUGCCUCACCCCUCCUGCCUCACCCCUCCUGCCUCACCCCUCCUGCCUCACCCCUCCUGCCUCACCCUCCUGCUUCACCCCUCCUGCCUCACCCCUCCUGCCUCACCCCUCCUGCCUCACCCCUCCUGCCUCACCCCCCUCCCCCUCGCCUCCACCCCUCCUGCCUCACCCCUCCUGCCUCACCCCUCCUGCCUCACCCCUCCUGCCUCACCCCUCCUGCCUCACCCCUCCUCCCUCACCCCUCCUGCCUCACCCCUCCUGCCUCACCCCUCCUGCCUCACCCCUCCUGCCUCACCCCUCCUGCCACCCCCACCCUCCUGCUCACCCCUCCUGCCUCACCCCUCCUGCCUCCCCCCUCCUGCCUCACCCCUCCUGCCUCACCCCUCCUGCUUCACCCCUCCUGCCUCACCCCUCCUGCCUCACCCCUCCUGCCUCACCCCUCCUGCCUCACCCCUCCUGCCUCACCCCUCCUGCCUCACCCCUCCUGCUUCACCCCUCCUGCCUCACCCCUCCUGCCUCACCCCUCCUGCCUCACCCCUCCUGCUUCACCCUCCUGCCUGCACCCCUCCUGCUCACCCCUCCCUCACCCCUCCUGCCUCCUCCUCACCCUCCUGCCUCACCCCUCCUGCCUCACCCCUCCUGCCUCACCCCUCCUGCCUCACCCCUCCUGCCUCACCCUCCUGCCUCACCCCUCCUGCUUCACCUCCUCCUGCCUCACCCCUCCUGCCUCACCCCUCCUGCCUCACCCCUCCUGCCUCACCCCUCCUGCCUCACCCCUCCUGCCUCACCCCACCUGCCUCACCCCUCCUGCCUCACCCCUCCUGCCUCACCCCACCUGCCUCACCCCUCCUGCCUCACCCCACCUGCCUCACCCCUCCUGCCUCACCCCUCCUGCUUCACCUCUCCUGCCUCACCCCUCCUGCCUCACCCCUCCUGCCUCACCCCUCCUGCCUCACCCCUCCUGCCUCCCCCACCUGCCUCACCCCUCCUGCCUCACCCACCUGCCUCACCCCUCCUGCCUCACCCCACCUGCCUCACCCCUCCUGCCUCACCCCUCCUGCCUCACCCAUGCAUUCAUGUCCACCAAGCCAUCGUAAUAACCUCUAAACAUGCUAAAUGCUAA